UGGGAUCCACACUGACAUAAGUCAGAGAGUUGCUUCAUAGAAGACGAAAGGUCUUCUUGGGGAUCUUUUCUUUCUUACUAUCACAAGGGUCCGUGAACGAGAAAUGAAAGAACAGAGUCUACAGCAUUAGGCCUAUAUUCGUUCAGAAACGUCUGAAGAAACUUUUCCUUAUCUGGAGUUAGACAACUCUGGACUAAAGCGCACCGCGAUAUAGGCUCUAUCUCAUUCCCACGGCUUCGGCUAUUUCUUUCUGAAUUAUUUUAUCAUUGUCAUAGGGUAAGUGAACUAGACGAGGAAGACUUGUGCCGGAAAAUAAGAGUGUGAAGAAUCCUUCGAGUGAGAACGUCAUGCUGGGUAACGAUGGGACCUACGCUGGCAAAAAGCGGAAGAAGCCUGUGCAAAAAAUCAAACCUCGUCCCGAAAAUGCUAAGACCAACCCCUCCAAGCGCCACCGGGAUAGGCUGAAUGGAGAACUGGACAACCUGACCAGUUUGCUGCCCUUCUCCGAUGACGUGCGCUCUCGUCUGGACAAGCUGUCGGUGCUGCGCCUCAGCGUGGCCUACAUCAAGGUCAAGAACUUCUUAAAUGCGACCGUGAAGAAAAACAGCCAGGCGCUUCCCAUCGGGAAUGGCCCCGGCGCUCACGGAGCGGACACCGCGGACCUCUCCGAGACAGACCUCAUGCUUCAGGCUCUCAAUGGCAUAAUGCUGGUGGUGACGUCAGAGGGUUAUGUGUUCUACGCUUCCCCCACCAUUCAGGACUACCUGGGCUUCCACCAGUCUGAUGUGCUUCACCAGAGCGUGUUUGAACUCAUCCACACCGAAGACAGGGCUAUGUUCCGUCGCCAGCUUCAUUUUGCCCUCAAUCCACAGCCUUUCAGCCAGGACCAAGGAGGAGACGACAUGCAAAACAGCAGUGACAUCACCCGGAACGUCGUGACCUAUGACCCGCAGGACAUCCCACCUGAGAACUCGUCCUUCCUGGAAAGAACAUUUGUGUGUCGUAUGCGAUGCCUUUUGGAUAACUCCUCUGGCUUCUUGGCUUUAAACUUCCAGGGCAGGUUGAAGUUCCUCCAUGGUCAGGGAGCAGGCUUUGGGAACGGCACUAGUAAGCGACCCCAGCUGGCCCUCUUUGCUGUUGCCAGACCGGUGCAGACUCUGUCCAUUCUGGAGGUCCGCGCCAAGAUGGUCAUCUUCCAGACCAAACACAAGCUGGACUUCACUCCGACGGGGGUAGACUCCAGGGGGAAGGUUGUUCUCGGCUACUCAGAGGUGGAGAUCUCCAUGAGAGGGUCUGGAUACCAAUUCAUCCAUGCCGCUGAUAUGAUGUACUGUGCAGACAGUCACAUCAGAAUGAUGAAAACAGGAGAAACUGGCAGUACUAUUUUCCGACUGCUAUCCAAACAUGCUGGCUGGGUGUGGGUGCAUUCCAAUGCCAAGCUCAUAUACAAAGAUGGGCGCCCUGACUUUAUCAUUGCCCGGCAAAGAGCCCUGUCAAAUGAGGAAGGUGAGGAGCAUUUGCGCCAGCGCAGGCUGCAGCUUCCCUUCAACUUAACCUCGGGGGAGGCAAUCCUGUAUGAGAACACACCUUCCCUUGACAUCGAGGAGAUCUGCAACACAGGCAAGGCAGCCAAGAUCAGGAAGGUCUUUGAAGAUAACGAGGUGCCUUCAGACUCCCUUCUAGGGUGCUUCUACAAACAAGACCAUUCUGCCUACAUGCAGUCAGACAGUGAGUCUCAGUACUCCAUGGAGAAGGUCUUCAUGGAGACCAGGGCUCUGGUGAACGUUCCCAGCAACUCAUGGCAAAAUGAGGCACCUGACACUAAGGACACCACAUUGGCAGCCAUGUUGGAAACGAUUGGCCAAAUGGCUGGCGACAGCGACCUGGGAAGUGCAUUGCAAGGGAUGGACGUGGGCAACUCUGAGGUGAAGGACUGGGAGAAUGCCCUGCUGCGGCUAGCAAAGACCAAAGAUACCAUUGACAGUUCCAUGAGCCUUGAUGACAUUCUCACUGAAGACAUCCUGUCUUACUUGGAAGAUACCCUAUUGAAGGAAAGCCCUGUGCCCCAUCUGGCUCAUCCUCAGAACUGUGCCGCACCAGACAACGGUGUACAGAUAUCAAAGUUUCACAUGGGACAGAGAACCAACUUUGGUGGCAGCUGUGUAAAUGGCGCCAGUACCCUGCCGAUUAUAGAUCUGAGAUCAGCUCAGCAAGGAUUUGGAGUACUAGACAGUGCCAUAAAAGACAUACAGAUUCAGUUGCCUGAAAACGAUGGCAUUCCCCCUCUUCAGGAUCUACAGUUGAAUGACAUAUUCCCAAAGCUUCAGGGUUCUGAUGGUUUACAACAAAAUGGAUCUGCUAUUUUCAGCCCAUGGGAGAACUCCCCCCAGGUUGGAAUAAGUAAUGGAGUAGAUCUGCUUUCCUCAGCAUCCAGUUUCGCCAAGCCUAACGGGUGCAGUUUGAGCCCCCAGAAUCAUCAUACUUUGUCCAACUGCAAAACAAAUCAGAUCAGUUCAGUUCAAAAUUUUCCACAAUGUCAACCACAUGUUGGAAUGCCCAUUGAUCCGUCCGGUCAUGUCCCUGUUGACAGGAAGAGGAAUGUUGCAAUGGAUCAAAGGAAUCCUGCUGUUCUCUCAGCCCCUGGGACUAACUUUUCCACCCAACAGAUGAACAACAGAAACGGUUUUGGACCAAAUGCCCAGGAGAAUGGCUGCGUCCCAAACUAUGUCAGCACGCCAUUUCAGAACUCGACUUGCCAGUGGCCGCCGGGCACACCACAAAACGCCAGGCUGAACGGCCUUUCACCGGAAGGUCAAAGCCGCGGGCAGUGGGCUCCAGGCUCUCAGAACUCUCCGACCCAGAGCCUGUUAAACUUCGUCAAGGACCAGUACCACUCGGAGCCCACGGUGGGACUCGCCGACAGACAGCACUCAAGUCCCAGCAGCUGCAUGUUCGAGGUGUCCUCCCCGCCCAACGGUAGCCUGAGCCAGCCAACGCACGCCGGCCAGGCCACUGCCAUCUCAUCGCCCUGGAAGCCGGUGAAUCACAACCACCAGAGCCCGCCGCAGGGGUCGUGCUACUUCCAGUGGAACCCCGGUAAGAUGGUCAUCGGCACAGCGUCCAUACCCCAGGACCCCGCCUGCAUAAGCCCCUCAGCCUGCCAAGUGACGCCGGGGGUAUCCACCUCUGAUAUGAUCCUUCAGCAGUACCUUAACUGCAACGAACAGACACAGAUCCAGUACCAUCCGACUGAAGCCAAUGAGUCCCCUUCCUUGCCUCCCCUUGUCAAUGGAACGGCAUAUUUUUCUGAGACCAACCCCCCACAUUGCUACAACUUCUAGGCCCGUGUCAAUCCGCCGAAAACUUUGGAGGAGUUUUGGAAAAUCAAAUGUGGACAGAUGUGUGAAUUCUACAAGAACACUUUGGGCAAAUUGACUUCAAAGCUCAUAUCACUGCAAUGAAGAGAAUGAAAGAGGCACUUCAGGAUAGCCUGACAAGUCACAACAGAGCAAUAUUUAUUUUUUAUUGUCUUGUUUCGUGGAGAUUUCCCCCACACUGAUUGUUUGGGUUUUUUAAAUCUUUGAAUUGAGUAGGAAAUACACAUAUGUUGUAAAACAAGGUAAUGAAGAACUGACUAUGUUGCAUUCAGGUAAAUGCAGAUAGUCAUUCAUUGCUGAGCCUCCACUGAGGCACAAAUAAUUGUGAAACAAGCCAUGUUUUGUUUUCUUCUGCACUUUGUGCAGUUAGCAUACAGUAAGGUAUGUUCAUGGGCCUCAGAAAUAUUUCUUGUGUGUGCGUGUGUGUGUGCAUGUGCGUGUGUGUGUGUGUGUGUGUGUGUCUGUAUACAGACAUGUACAGAUGGCAGCCAUAAUACACUAGUUAACAAUUGUGUAUAACAAAAAGCAUGUUCAGGACUUUGAUAGUUUUUGCCAAAGAAUAUGUUCAGCCUUUAAAAAUUGUCCCAUUAUCUACUAUAAACAUGCAAUAUUCUACAUACAUAUUGUAUAUAUAUAUUCCAUGUUAAGGACUACAUAUUGUAUCGCAUUUUACAUGUUUAACACUAGGUAUUUCAUGUAAAAUAUUUUAAUGUGCCUUUGUUUUAUAUGCUGCUGAGCCAUACUCUAUAUGUGGCUUUGCCUUGUGCAUCUUUUAAUCCCAAUUUGCAUAAUAAAAUGUUUGAAUAUUUGGA